AUGCGCACUCGCCAAGCCCCAAUAUUCGAAGAUUUCAUUCGAGAGUCCAAGGGAUGCAAAGUUUUCAGUAACUUAGAUCUCAACCGGGGUUACCACCAAUUUUUCCUGGAUGAACAAUCCCGGCGAAUUAUGACAUUCUCUACACCGUGGGGCAAUUACCGAUAUAAGAGACUUGCUUUUGGUGGACUCAACAGCCAAGACCUCUUCGACGCAGAGAUUGCAAAAUUCAUAUCCGGUAUCCCGAGAGUUUUGAAUAACCGCGACGAUAUAAUGAUCGACAGGCUUGACUGGAAGGGCCACAACAAAAACCUUCAAGCAGUACUACAGCGAAUCGACGAUCAUAAUUUUACACUACGGAAAGAGAAAUGUGAAUUCUGGAAAAGAGCAUGA